CACUCGGCUGAACGAGUAGUACGCCCUCUUCAAGGUUUUCCGCCGGUGAACCCACGCUGAAUAGCGGAGUGUGAAAUUCUAAUAAGGUAUUAUAAACUAAGGCCGGCUGGAUGGGUGCUCAGAGAUGGAUGUUCUCGAAACACGUGAACACGCUACAUGGGACUUAUCCCGUUGUGAUUACAAACAACUUCCUUGGAUUCGACGCCGGCUUUCUCUAGCGAAAUACGCUGCUAAUCCAGUCGGAGCCACUCUGAUACAAAUUAAAUCACGUGUGGAUUGUUUGAAACUGAUAAGACUGACGGUACCCAAGUACAAAAUGAGGGGGGAGCUAGCACUUCUCGAGUGCCUGUACGAGCUGGAGGGCGACACCCUUUACGCCGUCAAGUGGUACAAAGAGAACGAAGAAUUUUACAAAUAUGUGCCUAAACUCAACCCUCCUAAAACUUCGUACAAAGUGGAGGGGAUCAAAGUCGAUCACCAGUUGUCUGACAAUACUCGAGUCGCAUUGAGGUCUGUCAAUUUAAAAUCGAGCGGUGUCUACAAAUGCGAGGUGUCCGCCGAAGCGCCCUCCUUUGCCUCUGCUCAGAAAGAAUCGCGAAUGGACGUCAUGUACGAGAGUGAAUUUUCAUAACUGGAAAAGGAUUAACGGCAUUUGUUGUAUUGUGCGGAGAGAUAAGAGAAGAGUUGAGUUCUCAUAGGAACAGUUAACGGGGUUUUCUCAAGGGAUUAAUUAUUAUCAUUAUUAUUUUGAAGGGGAUGCCAUAAGGUUUAUUUAUGCUUUUUGUUUGUUUUAUUGGGGGCCAAGACUAAUUUCUUCGAAAAAUGUUAAAAGCAAACCAUAAGCCAUCAGCUUGUAUAUCUGGUGGUAGAUAUGGCUUAGGACGAGUAUGCUUUUUCUUAAUUAAAAGGCUAGAAUCAAUCGGAAAAUGGAAGUUAUUGAUUUUUUAUACUAGGAACUAAUUGGUAAAGAUCAGGAUUCAUCAUGAUUGACCAUGGC